GCGAAAACCUUUUCGCCUGCAGUCGUUUACAGAUAAGCCCGCGGGAUGGUAGUCGAUUAUUAUUACAUUUCGUAUGCGUGAUUCGGUGAUCUCCGCGGAUAGCCCCGGGUGGUUGGCGAUCGAUAGCUAUGUUCCAAACUCAGUGCGAAUCAACUUAUACUGAAAACUUUUUGAAUAAGGAACUUUUUGCUCUACUGUGAUAUCUAUCUACUUAAGAAGAGACAUUUUUGUGUAUAUUCUGUGAUAUGUUUGCCUUAGUAUAGAUAAACAUUGUGACGAUAUGAACCUAUACAUGCAGUGCCAUCGUGAGCUGUGAGAAGAGAUUUACGUAGUUUAGUGAUAUAAUAAUUACAAAAUCAUAGUAAAGAUGACUUUCCGUUGUGUGCCUACAUUUCAAACCGUGUCCAACGACAGCAGCGCCACCUGGGAGCGCCUGGGCGGCGGCGGGCUCGGGCUGGGCGGCGGCGGGUUCCGCGGCGGCGGGCAGCCCUCGCUGGCCGACUUCCAGCCGCCCUACUUCCCGCCGCCCUUCGCGCCCGCGCCGCAUGCUGCCUCUCCUCAUCAUCAGCAACAGAGCCAUGGCAUGGAGUACAGCGGCGGUGGCAACGCGGAGUAUGCUCAACACUACGCCCCGCAGCAGCUGCUGCCUCGCCACCACACCCACCACGAGCCCCACUCGCAUCUGCGGCAUCACAGAGACCACCAUGACGCGAUACACGCUCACCACCUGUCACACGGCGGCUUCAGCUACGGCGGCGGCGAGCGGCGCGCGGACUACGGGGCGCGGGAGCAGCACGAGCUGGCGCUGCAUCACGCGCUGCACUCCGCUGAGGAGACGCCGAACGCCAGUAUGGACGAUACUACGGGUUUCAUGACUGAUCUACCAUUACUGAAAACGAUGAAAGGGCGCGACGGUCUCGGCGGCAACGGGUCUUGCGCUCCGAACGACGUGUUCUGCUCCGUCCCCGGCAGACUGUCGCUCCUGUCAUCCACCAGCAAGUACAAGGUCACCGUGGCCGAGGUGCAGAGGCGACUGUCGCCGCCCGAGUGUUUGAACGCGUCGCUGCUCGGCGGCGUGUUGAGGAGAGCAAAGAGCAAGAAUGGCGGUCGCCUGCUCCGGGAGAAGCUGGAGAAGAUCGGGCUGAACCUGCCGGCGGGGCGGCGGAAAGCGGCCAACGUCACCUUGUUGACCUCCUUAGUUGAAGCGGAGGCGGUGCACCUAGCGCGAGACUUCGGCUACGUGUGCGAGACGGAGUUCCCGGCGCGCGCGCUGGCCGAGUACCUGGCGCGGCAGUACGCCGAGCACGACGCGCGCCGCCGCCGCGACCUGCUGCAGGCCACCAAGCAGGUGACGAAAGAGCUAAUGGACCUCCUGAACCAAGACCGCUCCCCGCUGUGCAACACGCGGCCGCCGCACCUGCUGGAGCCGGCCGUGCAGCGCCACCUCACGCACUUCUCGCUCAUCUCGCACGGCUUCGGCGGGCCCGCCAUCGUGGCCGCGCUCACCGCCAUACAGAACUUCCUGAACGAAUCCCUGAAGCAUUUAGACAAGUUAUAUCCCCAAAGCGGCAUGGUCUCCUCAUCAAUGGACAAAACCAAAAUGGACCCCGAUAUAAAGAAGUAACAAAAGCGAAAAUACGGCGGCGACGCCGUGAAGAGAUACGGCUUUAGAUUUUAUUGUACAAUGAUAAUACACGUCGCGCGCGAACUAUUUGAAAAAAUAGGAAGGAUAUGGAAUCCUGAAAAGUACUUCGUCUAGACGUUGUUAAAUAAAUAAUGCACUGUAUAUUAUGUUUGGAAUCAAAAAUAACAUUUGAAAAUCCCACAACGCGUAAUGCCUAGGUCUAACGAGAAAGAAUUUUCAAAAGUUAUUUUUGGUAAAUCCGAGCCGUUGAAAAUUAAAAGGCAAAUUUAUUUUUAUGAAGACCCUCGUUUGUUGCUGGCCGCAUACAAAUAAAGUGCAAUUACCUAUAAUAAUACUCAAGAUUGUGAGAAAUUGUAAAUACUGACCUAGACUAUUAACACGUUUCAAGUAUUAAUUUAAGCAUUUACUUAGUAUAUAACGUUUUAUAUAUUUUGUCAGCUAAAGUAUUCUUGCCAUAUCAAGGGGCGCGUAGGUAUAUAACCGUUACCGUUACCUACACGCCUAAAGAAAUAAUCGGGGUACCUACUUACUACAUGCAAUAAAUUCACAUAUCAAAUCGAAAACUUAUAAAUGUGACUUUAUAUCUAUGUAUAUAUUUUGCCAGUUUGAUGUAAAAAAUAUGUGAACUUUAAAUAUAAUUUAAUUUUAGAGUUUUGUACUUAACAAUAUAGUUUUGCUAGGAAAUAAUAUGUGAAAGUGUGCCAAGUACUUAGUGUAACAGUCUUAUUGGAGACACCUAGCAAAGUAUUUUAAAAUAUUUAUUGUCGAAAAUUGUAAAUAGUUAUUCGUAAGUACCUUUAACAAUAAAAUCACUGUGACUCUUUGGCCGAGGUUGUCCAUAGGAAAAAGCUCAAAACUUACUCUGUGUAAAUUCAUUUCAUUUUAUUCUCAUAAUAUACAUAACAAAAAGUUAUUAUAAUUUUGGCUUAUGCCGAAAUAAUAAUGUGCCAAACUAGGACAAAAAGUAUUGUAAGUACCUACCUACCAAUAUCUGAAACGUAUCUUCAUCAACGACAUUGUAUAGUGAAUUAAUUUAGUUUUAUAUUUAGUCAACUUUGUUUAGAAAUUAAAAUAAUAACUUUUGUUUAAUUUUGCGCCGAUUACCUCAUUGUCGUAAGAUUUCUUGUAGAUUUUAACUUAGUUAUUUAAAUGCUCAAAAAUAAGUUCGUGCAAAAAUUUAAGAAAAUCCAACAAAUGCAAAAUAAAUAAAAUUAUUGUCAAAUACAGAGGGUAUUACCGUAACCUGUGGUAUAACCAAAAGAUAUUGUAUUAUGAAUGGAAAACUACAUGACCAAACUUACAUAUUUGAGUGAUCGUACUUAGGCAGGUAAGCCGCACUUUUGGUCUAAAAUAAAAAUAUCUGUCGUGUUUUUAUUGACUGUACCUAAAUUAUUUUGACAAAAUGUAAUGAAUUUUAUUUCUGGAGUAAAUGAAAUAAGUUUUUCAACUAA